AUGACACUUGCUCCCACUGAGCAGUUCUUGGACGAACGUAAAUGUGAUCACGACUUCUCGGACGAUGUGGCUUCGUGGAAGAAGAUUGGUGAUGUGCUGAUGACCGAUUCCGAGAGCCAGCCGAGAUGUGAUGACAGCGAUGUGGAUUGGCCAAUGCGACUGAAGGUGCCAAUGCAGGUUCAGCCUACGGUUGAUGUCCAACUUACAGGUGACGAUGACAAAGCCUUGGUGCGGGAGAUGAUCUACCUGUUCUCUUGGGCCAUUGAAAUCCCGUACUGGAAAGCCCUUCGCCGCGAAUCCCUCCAACCCACCACUAUCCACAGCCUGUCGCCUGACAACACCUGCCAAGCUGUCGUCGCCACAGCGGACCUCCUCACAACCGCAAUCUUCACCGAAACCCUGUGGAUUGAUGACGCCCGCAUGCGUCUCCCUUUGACACUCCAAGACGAGACCGGUCAGAAGAUAAAAGGGGACACGGUUUGCCCUGGCUACUGCGCAGGCGAUGCUGUGACCAUCGCGGCAGCUCCGUUGAAGGUGGAGACUGGUGAGGACUUGAGACCUGUGAUGCUGCAGGUGGGCGGUGAUCUUGGAUGCCCUGAGAGAACUGCGCUGCUUCCAGGUGAUCUGCACGCAGGGCACUUCGGGCGCGCCCCGGAGCGCCACCGGGCCGCCGAGGAGGCGGCGCUGCGCUGGGAGAUGCUGAAAUCUGAAGCCCAACGCCAUGGCUUGAAGGCCGAAGAUCUCUGCGCGCCGAGUGGCGAGCGCCUCUUGUCGUACGUGCAGUGCGUGGGAUCCGUGGGAUCUCCAGGCGUUUCGAAGCUCGAUCUGGAGAGCGGCCUCACCAUCUGCGCUUCGACGCGGGCGCCCAGUACGGCGUUGGACGCGUUGGAUGAACAGAGCUUUGCCACGGCCGAAAUGGUGUCCGAGAUCACCAGUAUGGUGGACGACAUCACAUGGCAUGCCACCACAGCAACCGCGCGGAAGAGGCGGCAAAACACCGCCGCUCUGGCGGCAUCGCCGGGUUUUCGAGACGGGGAGGAAUCAAAACGGCAUCGCCAUGUUGGGAGGAGUGGACAUCAAUAG